CUCUCCCGCCUCUUCUCCUCCUUCCUGAAGAGACGCUCGCAGUGUGAAAGCGAGGCGGGAGAGAAGGAGGAGAAGGAAGAAGAAGAAGAAGCUAAAGCCCCCAUUGCUGACCCUGAACCUGAACUGAGGACAGAGGGAGAGGUCGCCCUGGAUCAGCACUCAGUCAGCAGUGCUGAGGCUCAGGAAGCUGCCCUGGAGAAAGAGGAGGACAAGGAGAAGGAGUGUGGGGAGGGGGAGGGGGAAGGAAGCAGUAAGGAAGGAAAGGAGGAGAGGAUCACAGAGGAGGAGGCCAAAGCUCCCAAAGCUCCACGUCGACCCAAGACCAUGCAGAUUAAAGUCACCCUGCUGGACGACACUCUGUAUGAGUGUGAGCUCGAGAAACAUGCUAAAGGCCAGGAGCUGUUUAUGAAGGUGUGUGACCACCUCAACCUGCUGGAGAAAGACUACUAUGGCCUGGUCAUCUGGGAGACAACCACUAUGAAGGUUUGGAUGGACCUGGCCAAGGAGAUCCGCAGGCAGGUACAAGGUGCCAACUAUGACUUCACCUUCAAUGUGAAAUUUUAUCCACCGGACCCUGCCCAGCUGUCUGAGGACAUAACAAGGUACUACCUGUGUCUGCAGCUGCGUAAGGACAUCCUGCAUGGCCGGCUGCCCUGUUCCUUUGUGACCCUGGCCCUGCUGGGCUCCUACGCCCUGCAGUCAGAGCUGGGAGAGUAUGACCCUGAGGUGCAUGGCAAUGAAUACGCUAAGCAAAUGAAAAUGGCCCAGGGUCAGACCAAGGAGCUGGAGGACAAGAUGAUGGAGCUACACCGCACAUACAGGGUGAUGACUCCAGCCCAGGCUGACCUGAUGUUCCUGGAGAAUGCCAAGAAGCUCUCCAUGUACGGAGUGGACCUCCACCAGGCCAAGGAUCUGGAUGGUGUUGACAUCAUGCUGGGUGUUUGCUCCAGUGGUCUGAUGGUUUAUAAAGACAAACUGAGGAUCAACCGUUUCCCCUGGCCCAAAGUCCUCAAGGUCUCCUACAAACGCAGCAGCUUCUUCAUCAAAAUAAGACCAUCUGAGGUGGAGCAGUAUGAGAGCGCUAUUGGUUUCAAACUGCCCAACUACAAGGCUGCCAAGAAGCUGUGGAAAGUGUGUGUAGAACAUCAUACCUUCUUCAGACUGACCUCUACUGAGAUGGCCACCACACCCAGGAAGUUCUUGGCACUGGGCUCUAAGUUUCGUUACAGUGGUCGGACUCAGGCUCAGACCAGGCAGGCCAGCUCUCUGAUCGACAGACCAGCUCCUCUGUUCCAGCGUUCCUCCAGCAAGAGGAACUCACACAGCCUGGAUGGAGCCAUGGCGUCCACUCCCGACAAUAAAUCAACUCGUCCAGUCAGCGCUCCUAUCAUGUCACCGGUGUCUCCCGGGGAGGCGACCCCGUCCCCGCUGCUACCUACCCUGCCACGCACUGACUGCCAUGAUGGAUCCACACCCAGGGGUCGCCGCUCAACAGACAGGAAGUCAGAGUUAAAGGCAGCGAGUCGGCCAGCAGAAUCCACCAAGAGCCACAGUCCCAAACAAGAGUCCACUCCAGAAAUAAAGACAUUGGCCAGGAGAGAGCGGAGGCAUUCCCCCUCUGUGACCACCGCCAAUGGGGAAAGAGAGAAAAAGAGCCAGGACAAAUCAAAGACGGAGAUGGUGCGAGUGAGGAAGAAAAGAGCUAAGAAACUUGAGGGUGAAACUAUUUAUAUCAGACAUAGCAAUUUAAUGUUGGAGGACGUGGAUAAGACCCAGACUGAGAUCAUGCGUCACCACACUAGCAUCAGUGAGCUGAAGAGGAGUUUCAUGGAGUCUGUACCGGAGCCUCGGCCAAGUGAGUGGGACAAGCGUCUUUCCACCAACUCGCCUUUCCGCACAGCGAGCAUCAACGGCCAGCUGCAACCAGCGAAAGGUUCCCCUUUGCUGAAGACCCAGACAAUCACCAUCUCAGAUGUCACCAACUCCCUGAGAGGAACUGUGGCCUACAAGGACAUUCCCCUCGUUCACACUGAGACCAAGACCAUCACAUACGAGUCAGCACAGCCGGUGGACAGCCUGGCAGAGAGGGACUCAGGAGUGCUGCUGAGUGCCCAAACCAUCACCUCUGAGACCAUCAGCACCACCACCACCACCCAGAUCACCAAGACGGUGAAAGGAGGAAUCUCUGAGACUCGUAUUGAGAAGAGGAUCAUCAUAACUGGAGACACUGAAAUUGAUCAUGACAAGGCUUUGGCUCAGGCCAUUAAAGAGGCAAAAGAGCAGCACCCAGAUAUGUCUGUCACCAAAGUGGUUGUGCACCAGGAGACAGAGAUCUCCCCAGAGUAA